AUGUCAGAGACCGAGAAAACCACUACCCCAGCUACUGAGACUACUCCAGCUCCAGCCCCAGCCACUACUACAGAGGAGAAGCCAAAGUCAAUCUUUGGAUCAUCAUUUACAAGCACAUUCACAUCGUUUGGUCAAGCUCCAGCAACCAACACCACUACAUCACCAACAACCUCGACUACUACCCAGUCUGAGGAGUCCACCUCCACCACCAACGAUUCAGAGGCCAACGCGCCAGAUCACGAGCCAAACGUCGAGUUUGCACCAAAGCUCAACCUGAACAAGGUCGAGGUCAAGACCAACGAGGAGGACGAGGAUGUUGUAUUCGAAAUGAGAGCAAAGUUGUUCAGAUUCGUCACCGACCCACAGCCACAGUGGAAUGAGCGAGGCACUGGACAGGUCAAGCUCCUGAAGCACAAGGAGAAUGGCAAGAUUAGAAUUAUCAUGAGAAGAGAGAAGGUCUUCAAAGUUUGUUUGAAUCAUUACGUUUCACCAAUUCUGAAGUUGGAGGUCAAUGCUGGUAAUGACAAGUCAUGGGUUUGGAAGUGCCCAAAGGACUUCUCAGAUGAGGAUCACCCAGAGGGUGUCGAGGAGACUUUCGCCAUUCGUUUCGCUUCAGCAGAGAAUGCCCAAGCAUUCAAGACUAGCUUCGAGUCAUGUCAGACCGAGAUGAAGGAGCUUCUUGCCAAGAAGGAGUAA